AUGGGCCAACACUUUGCCAUGGCCGAUUGCCAAGCCGACGCCAAAGCGGCGGAAGCGGAAGCUGUGUCUGUUGUGGGAGCGCAUAAACAUCAGAACUUGUUCUUCACUCAAGGUCAACAUGCUUCAGGAGCGGUCGAGAUCGUGGAUCUGCGGUGCAUCCUGGGCUCAGCUGGUCGCAUACAUCGGAGGGAAGUUGGUCGAGAGGAGUCUCGGAAGUACAUUUUUGCCCGAAGCCCGCCCUAA